ACAGGGGUUGGACUGGAUGGCUCUUGUGGUCUCUUCCAACUGUACGAUUCUAUGAGAGACAUCUUAACUGCCUCCUUGGGCUUUUGAAGGCACUACAAACAUAUUUAAUUGACUGAAUCUGGGAACUUCCAGCUGAACCAUAUUUGAGAUGCAGCGAUUAGGAGCAGCACUGUGUUUCAAAAGAAGAACACUGUGAAAGAAGUGGACAGAUAGGGGCACAUGUACACACGCAGAGACACUUUGUAAUAUCUGGGUCAGGAGUGAUUCAGUGGUGCAGAGCUUGGGGAAAGCCAGGACUUUGUCUGUGGCACCAUCCUCCCUCAAACCUCUCUGGCACGGCACUUUCCCACAGGCCCAUGAGGAGACGAAGGGAUGUUGGCAACGUAGCAAAUGGUACCGUGGUUCCUGCCACCACCCUGGGCUUGGCAAAUGCCUCCACUGUGGCGCCUGAAGAGCCCAGUCCCUUCGUGAUGGUGGUCCUGAAGGAGUCGGUGGUCAUCUCUGACCUGCGGCAUUUCACGGGCUACCGGAUUGAGAUCCAGGCCUGUAACCGGGAAGCCCCUACGGAAUGCAGCGUCUCCACCUACGUCAGUGCCAGGACCAUGCCAGAAGCAAAAGCAGAUGACAUUGUUGGGCCUGUCGCUCACGAGCUGGUAGACAAGAGCACUGUACACUUGAGAUGGCAGGAGCCCCAAGAGCCCAAUGGGCUCAUCAUCCUCUAUGAGGUGAACUACGGACGCCUUGGCGAAUCUGAGGUAGGUACUAUUCCCAUCCCUCCAGAAGGUUUCACUCUCUCUAUGGUGACUGAAGGGGGGUUCAUGGCCAUUAAUGCUUCUCAGUAGACUUGCAGGGAGGAC